AUGUUUACGGACGACGGAGCGCCGUACGUGCGCUUUGGCGCGAUUAGCGUCGCGGCUUCGGCGAGUAACGCGUACACGAUCACAGUCAUCGCGCCCGCGAUGGCGCCCGCGACGUCGAAAGAUGUUUGGGUGGCCGCGGUACCGUCGAUGAACUCGGGUAAGAAGAGCGCCGGGGCGACUUUGGACGUCGUCGAUGAAUUUUACGGCGUGGUAUCCGCGAGCGAAAGCGGUACGCUUCCGACGACGUAUUCGUGGAGUGCGGACCCGUAUCCGACGUUUUCGUUAUCCUUGCUCUGCGUCACUCAAGGUGUGGGUGAGACCGCGACGAGUACGAGCAGCGCGUGUUUGCACGACAAUCAGCUCGCCACGGGAUUCGUGACGGUGAUGAUGAGUUACCACGGUCGGGAUUUGCCGACGUCGCGACCGCACGACAGCGACGUCGUUUUGAAGAUUACCGCGACGCCGACGACGUCCUCGGUCUCGCCUGCGCGCGGUCCAUCCGAAGGCGGUGCCGUGGUGUGGGUCACGGGGAAUAACUUCCACGAAACAGUCCGCGCCGGCGACGGCGCGGUGCCGCGAUGUUCGUUCGGCGUGGACAAGAGCGGCUCUUCGCUCGGCUCGUUCGUCUCGUCCGCGCUCAUCGCGUGCGAGACCCCGUACGUGGGAACGGUGUCGUCGUCCGUGCAAGUGAUCGUCGCGGGGAGUAGUCUAGCCGCCGUAGCGAGCGGGCCGAAGUAUUCCUUCAUGGGAAAUACGCUCGUGUACCAGCACUCCAUAGCGCCGCAUCUUGGACCGACGUACGGCGGCACUCGUGUGGUUUUCACUUUGGGGAAUAGCGUCGCGGCGACGUCGAUGACGUCGUGUCGUUUCGGGUCCAUCGUCGUCAAUGGAUGGACCCCGCUCGUGACCACGGAUGCAAACGCCGAUGCGGGCAUCGUGUGCGUCGCUCCCGCGUUAAAAGCGGGGACGUACAAUCUCGGUUUGGGCACCGUUCGCGGCGCCGUCGGAGAUUCGACGACGUCGCCGGUGACGCUCGGGACGAUGCCGUACGUCGUGUACGCGGAAUCGGCGUGA